CCGGCAGCGGGGUAACCCCGCAUUAGGCGCUGAGGAGCCGGCGAGGCCCGGAGCUGCCCCGGCUGAGGGAUGGGGAUCCUCUUCACUAGGAUAUGGAGGCUGUUCAACCAUCAAGCAUCCAGCCCCACCUCAGAUCUUCUGUUCCAACUGAUUUCCUAACAUCCGCUGUGCUGGCAACAUCACACCAGAAACAAAAGUUCCUAGUUAUGUGGGGUCAGAGCACAAAGUAAUCAUUGUUGGUCUGGACAAUGCAGGAAAAACAACCAUUCUUUAUCAAUUCUCCAUGAAUGAAGUGGUGCACACCUCCCCCACCAUAGGGAGUAACGUGGAAGAGAUAGUGGUUAACAACACGCGCUUCCUGAUGUGGGACAUCGGAGGGCAGGAGUCUCUUCGCUCUUCGUGGAACACCUACUACACCAACACCGAGUUUGUGAUAGUUGUUGUGGACAGCACAGACAGAGAGAGAAUUUCUGUGACUAAAGAAGAACUGUAUAAAAUGUUAGCCCAUGAGGACUUAAAAAAAGCAGGUUUGCUGAUUUUUGCUAACAAGCAGGACGUUAAAGAGUGUAUGACAGUAGCUGAAAUCUCUCAGUUUCUGAAACUGACUUCAAUUAAGGAUCAUCAGUGGCACAUCCAGGCGUGCUGUGCUCUAACUGGAGAGGGACUGUGCCAAGGACUCGAAUGGAUGAUGUCAAGACUUAAGAUCAGAUGAUUUUUAAUGACCUCUUUGCACAGACAUUGCUUAAAAAGAGCUGUACCCAUGAUUACCUUCACAGUGGCAGAAUUAAUGGGAUAGAUGUAUUUAUACUGAACUGAUUGCAACUUUAUUUUCUACAUAGAUGCACACACACAUACGUGUAUAUAAAGUAAGACCAUUCGGCAAAAAGAAAGAUGCAGUUGAUGGCUCCAGUUUGGUUUCUCGUUUGUUUUCCUCUGAGGAUGUGUUUAAAAGCUGUGAUCAACCUUCUUUUCAAGAUACAGCCACUGAGAACAGUCCAGUGUUGAGCGUGGUCAAGAUGAAGUGAGAGGAAGGAGCUUUUAAUUUUGAGUUUUAUUAUUCCAUUGUAGUCCUCUCUAGUCGAAGAUGUUGGCUUCAUUAUUCCAGUAAAUUAGCAAGCAAACCGAUGGCAUAGAUACCAACUUUCCAGUAUUUUUAAGGUUACUGAUGUUACAAAUGCAAAAAUAUUUUCCUGUAUGUGUACUGUACAUAUUUGUGUAUAUUUAUACCUCAAUUUUAGGUUAAUUGCAAUCUGUUCAGACCAGUGUGUAAAGCUGAAUCGGUAUGUUGACAGUAGUACUAAUAUUUGACAUUGCCAACACGUCACAACUUCUUUUCCUUUGUUAUCUGUAUGGCCGUAACGUCCAUCAGACAGUUGGCUCACCACCACUUUAUAAAAGAAACUCUCUCAAGACCAUUGCUUUUUUUUUUUUCCCCAUGAUUUUUCAGUUAGGGAGGAUGCCAUAAGGAUUGGGGCAUAUGGACUGAGCUUCAAAUCACAGUGUCGGCAAACAGUAAAAAUUUGCCAAAGAAUUCAAAAUGAAACGGGAUUUUCCUUGUGUCUUGUAGUCGUCAUUGGAUUGGGUGAUUCCAGAAAGGCUGUGUCGUGCUGUCCGAUGGUACUGCUUUUUUUUUUUUUUUUUUUUUUGAUUCAAGUCUAGUAGAAAUACCUUUAUCUGUCAUAAAGGGAAAAAUGUCUUUUUUUUUUUUCUUAACCAAAGAAGAGGCACAAAAAGUAUGUUUAAAAGUCCCACUGGAAUCUUACAAAACAAGUCAUACUCUGUAUUAAGUGUUUUUCAGAGGAAGGCGCGCUUCUCUUUGGUAGCAUAAAAUGUAUAAAUAUCUAUAUGCGAUGGAUGGCACUGGGAUGGAGACCAGAACAGAUUACACUACUUGAAAAGCUGUCAGUGACCCCCUGAUCAUGUGCCCAGAGAAGUUCCAGGGCAGUACUUCUUGAAACUAGAACUCCCUUGCAUGGUCCCCAGGUGAGUUACGAAGAAGCGUCAGAACACUAUGUGAUUAUCUUCUCUUACUGCAGUACCUAAUGGGGUGAGUGUCCCCUCCAGAAUUGGAAUUACCCUUUUAAAGGUUGUUUUUUUGGGUGGGGUGACAGUUGGGUGGUUGGAAAUGUUGUCAGUAUUGUGGAAGUGUACGUAGCCUCACUCACGGGCUUUUAUGCUGGAGAUGCGUGUUUGGGAGUAUAGCAAAAUGAAAUAAAACUUCAUUUAAAAUGUCCUUCCCUUCCUUAGCUCCUAUAUCUGAUAAGGAUGGAAAAGACAUUUUAAAGAAGAAGCCUAGUUUGAACUUUUUAAGGUGCUUAUCUUUGGCUAUGGGAUAAUCUAGUCAGUGCACCUGCCUUCCUGUUGACCUGCUUCACCAGGGAUCGUGUUGUGAAUUUGUAGGGAAAAGAAGGGAGGCAAUUUCAAAAGUCUGUAUUUAACAAAGGCAGGUGAAGAAUUUAACUUUUUAAUAUAUUUUUGGUAUCUCUUUACAGUGCUCAUUGGCUAGGGAAUCGGCUGUCUUUGUUAAACAUUUUAAUGUGUACAUGCAUAUAUUUAUAGUGCAUGCACAUAGAUAUUGGUAUUUAACUGGUGUAUUGCAAAAUGUAUCAAUGUUUGAAGAAAUAACAAUUUAAUGCAAAGACUUUCUCAAUUUAUCUGAUGGUAUCUUCAAGAAAUGAGCUCUGUGCACCCUUGCAUAUGAAAUGGAAUUGUACGUUUUCUAGUCUUAAAAAAGAAAAAGCAGACUUGCUUAUAAACCUAAGCGUUUGGUUUUCGAGUCUUAUGUCUUCCCUUUCAUCCCUUUAAAAUAUUUUGCUUUUGUAUUGUUAAACACUGCAUAUUUCUGCCUGAAUUUGCACAGGUUGUGUGUGUUGGGGUUUUGUUUGUUUUUAAGAAAACGAGUUAUUCCCGUUAAUGAAAGAAAAACCACGCAGCAGUAUUCUGAUACCUGCUUCUUGCUGAGAUUUGCUGCUUUCUCCCUCGCUUGAGUUUGUGGGACUUGGCAUGUCCAUAUGAUGGAAGUGUGGUGGCUUUGUCCAGGUAUGGUUUAUGCUGCAACCAGACAUCUUAUGUUUACAUGAAAGUAAACUUAGGUUUACUCUUUCUCCCUCUUGGUUUCUGGCCACUUCCACUUUCUGUGGCCUUUAAGAUACCACGUGGUUCGCUUCAGCUUUGUUUCACAAGUGGCAGCAGACCCUAGCAGGGAGCUGAAUACCUGCCCGCGUGAAGACUGCCUCUUAAAACCAUGUCUUUUGUGCCCUGAGGAGUUUAUAAUCCAAAAAUUAACUCGUUCUCAGCGUGUUGGAUGGCGAACAAUCCAGCCUUAACCCGACUGCAAAGGCGGGGUGUGGCACAUCACCUGUAAUGAUGAGUUUUCUGUCUGUUUUGUGAUCCUCCAGUAUUUUAGAGGGCAGAUGCGCUCUUCAGUGGCUGGAAUUCAGUGGUGGCCAGCGCUUGUGGACACACUGUGUGCCUGAAGCGUUCCUCAUGGGGGUUUAGGAAUCCGUGGAGGACAUAUAUUAUUUUAAAUGCUGCCUUUUAAAUGCUGGAUUUGCAGCCUCUGGGAGGACGAUGGGUUUGGGCUGUAGUAGCUGGGAAACGAUUUGUCACUCCAUUGUCAACAGAGGCAACGAUUCCAAAUUGUCACCUUGCAUGGUUGGUGUGAUCGUGCUUUUAAGUGCAGCGAUGCAUAGUGAAAGCAGAAUAGUGUCAUCCAGACGUUGCCGUGGGAGCUUUUGUAGGAAAGUUUGUCUUACCUGACGGUUUUUCAUCAUGAGAACAAGUGUGUUUGCUCAGAUAAUAACGAGAUGAACAUCAGAUGAAUAUACAAGUCUAUACCCUGGCGGUAGCGGCGUGGCCGUGACGGCCUUUUCCUGUACACGUCGCCUUUUGCGGAAAGUUAGAAAUAUUUUUAAAUUUAGUCACUGAGCAGGGCUGGAGAAGAGCAGACCAACUUUGGAACACACCAAGCCUUUUUGUCUGCGCUUCUUGUUUACAGCUUUUUUUUUUUUUUCUUUUCCCUGUAGGACAAUUCGCAUUUUUCUCACAGCUCUGUAGAAAAGCAAGUUAACUUUGCAUCAAUGCUGCUUUCAGCUUCAUUGGGUUAUUGUUUGGAAGUGAUUGUCUUAACAUGAGUCAUGACCUUGAUUUGUAUUGCGUGUGUGUUUUCACCCUCUGUGUGUUUUGUCGCCUUGGCUUUCCGCUAAAGCUUAAGAUUACUUUGCCUUUGUUCUUCAUGAAAUUCAUUCUUAGGAUAUUAUACAGAAAAAGGGAGGGGUCUUUAAAAACGGUUAUUUAUGUUUAUGCUGCAGAAUGCCAUUUUACUAGCAAAAAAAAAAAAAAAUAGCAGUAAGUCGUAUUUCAAUAAUCUUAAUACUUAAAAUGUUGCUUUUGGUUUAGCAGAUAAUAAACUUGGGAAAUCAUCUCUCUAAUAUGCUGCCUCUGUCAUCUGAAGAUUCCACAGGUUGUUAAUUGUGAGGGAAGGUGGAAUAUAAAACUUGGAAAAUGUGAACAGGAAUCUACCUAGCUUCAUUUUUGAAAUUUUUCUUUUUUUCAGGGAGGCUUAAUAGCUGUUUUCCUAUGCAUUACAGAGUAUGUUCCUAGGGGUAGGAGUGCAUGUGUGAACGUUAAGCGUAUGUGAUGGGCACCUUCUACAGUCUAUGCAGCUCAAGUGCCUAAAACUAGUUCAGUGAUCACUUUUUUUUUUUUUCUUCCUAUGCUACAAUUUCCAUUUUCCUUAAAAUAGAUAUAUUUCUAUCAAAGCAUCCAACUGUGUGUAAAGGAGUGGGUUUUUUUUUUCCCUCCCGACACACCGGUUUUAACAUGAUUUACGAUAAAUUUGUUACAGUUCCUUUCUAUCCUCUACGUUUCAAGCCCUUUUCCAUUUAUCAGACAUCACAUAGCUGGCUUGCUUUGUGAAAGGAAAUAUUAAAUUUGUCCUUGUAUCAGAUUGGUGAGCUGGAAUUCUUUUCAAGGAACUCUUUAAAUAACUUAAUCCAUGGUUACUUGGCCUUGGAAGCAUCCUCAUGUCCGUAGUUCCUUUUUAAUUGGCUAGCAAAACAUUAACUUUGCAACCAUCAGACUAAUUAUGUCUGAAAAAUAGUUUUCAGUCAAUUCAAAUGAAUGUAUUAUUAAGCCUUGAAAUGGUGCAUUAUUGAGCAUUACAGGACAAGAAUGAUUAGACGUCACAAGGAAUGGCACUAAGAAAGAAAAACGUCUUUGCAUAUAGUUGUGGUAUGUAUUAUAAAUACAAAUGUGACUUGAAUAUAAUUGUUGCAGUGAAUAUAUUAAAUGUACAAACCCAAGAAAUUAUAAGUGGUUGCCACUGUAACUUUUUCACAGUGUGCUUUAGAAUCAUAAGCAGAACUUAUAUUCUUGCCUUACUAGGACUUUACUGGUUAAUUUUUAUAUUGUACAGAAACUUUUUUUGAAAAACGUUCUUCACAUUAGAUAGGAGCCUUUAUUCAUAACAGGUUCAUACUCAUGUACCACCCUUAAUCUUUUAAGGCAGAUUUCUUGUGAGUAAGGGCACAAGUUGGGUGGGUUUUUUUAAAGCUUUUCCUAUUUGUAAAUUUAGAAAAUUUAGCUGAUACUGAAUUAAGUUAGAAAAUGCUGCUUUACCUAGAAGGCUGUAAAUCAUUCUCUGUAAAUCAUCAGCUCAGUGUUACUCUUGUCUCAGUACUUCCUGCAUCAAACACUCUGGAGGGUAGGAGAGGUGGCCAAGAAAAGACGUAGUCUUCUGAGGAGAGAUUCAAAGAUUUUUAGAAAACCCCAAACCACCUCAGAUUGGAAAGCCUGAGCGCUUUCAUGGCUAAUAAAUUGAAGUAUUGGUAGUAUAUGAUAGAGGGAUGGUAACCGAUGCAGUUUAAACAGUGCCUGUAUUAUGUUUUCAUGAAUGUUUUCAACACAUCCUCAACUUUUUUACUGAAUUCUUUUCCAAACCCUUUAAUCCCGUGGCCACAGCCCUGCGCUCGGCCCGUUGGUGCUGCUCGGGGCCGGGGAGGGCGAGCCCAGCGCAUCGUCCUUAGGCUCUCCCUAGUGCUGGCCUAUAAUACUAACCUCCAACACUAAGCCGGCAGCAAUUUGAGGAUAAAGUAAGCUGUUCAGAUUAGUAUACUAACGAUGUAGUUAUGUUGUAGCAGAUUAUCUUUCUGGUUUUUGCAACUGCAAGCAAACAUCCCUAUGUAUACGCAUUAAUCAUAUGACCAGGGUCAUAUUUCUUUUGGUUAACUUGUAUUUUGUACUUUUCUUUCUAAAAAAGUUUGUCGUCUUUCUAAAAGAAAUGCGUAAAGUAUGUGGCUAACACUGAUACUGCAAUAAAAUGUCAUUCCAGAACAGACAAAAUUACUGCUUCAGAUUAAUCCCAGGAUUUGCGAGGGCUGGCGUUUCCUGGCUUGAGCACUUUUGUCUCUGCAACUUGCGCAUGUUUAUUAAAGUCGUUUAGCUAAAUCUUUUUAUAAAGCUAUUUAUUCGAAUAAAGUUCAAUUAUGAUUCUAUUAAGUAACUUUUCCUGAAAUUUUAUCAGAACAUUCCUUGAAUUGUUUCCCCCUUACCUCUUUCUGUCUCUCCUGGCUUUUAAAAUCUGACUUUCAUUCAUUUGAAGGCAACUCAUUCAGUUCUUCUAAUGUUUGCUGAAGAAGUGAAACACAAAUUCGGGCUAAAAUUGUUGGGGGGGAGCUGUUUGCAAGCAUAAAUACACAUUUAUAGAUAAUGUCAGACUUGCUAAUUCUUGCAAACCUACCAGUAUUUGUUAUUUUAAGAUGAAAGCACUUGUCAAAAUUUUACUGUUUGCAUUAAACCCUUUGUGUGUAUGUGUUGCGGUGAAACUUUUCAAGCCAAGAUACAAUUUCUGACCUGGCACACGGGGUUGCUGGGGCGUUCUUGGGGUGAAAUGCCCUGUUCUGCUAAACCUGUGAUGAUGGGGUUUGUACUGAGAGAUUGGUUGGCAUUUGGGCCCAGAUUGGUAAGGGGUAUGUGUUGGCUGGUUUCAGAUAGACUGGAAAUUAAAAUAAAUGCUGAAAUGCUCUUUUCCCGUGUAGAAAAUGCUGUGUUCCAGUGGUGUACCACUCCUGCCCGCUCACGUAUCGCACGUUGGUAUUUGCAGCCUUGUGAGUGUGGGGAGAUUACAGGUGACUUCUUAGAAAGUGAAAGAGGUGAAACCAAAGCUGGGUUAAAAAAGAAAAUUACUGUGUUACUGUACCCAAGGUACGCUGCUGCUCAGCUCGGCAACUCAGUCUUGUUCCAUGUGUGUGAAUUCUGGACUUCUUGCUUUAUUUCUAACUCUGCAGUAUUUGUAUCCUUCUGGUAAUCCUGUAGAAUGGCUUUUCGGUGAAGUAAUGCAUUGGCAGGCGGUCUUGGCUGAGUUUGGGGCAGUAAGUAACCUCCUCCUCCCGCCUCCGAUUUUAGCUGUGUGUCUACCUGAAGUCUUUUUUCCUCCGUGACGCAGUUUUCCCGCUCGGGUGGGUUUUGUCUCCUGCUCUGCUCCUCCCUGUCCGUGUCAUGUGCUGCUCUACUCCUCCUCCAAACAUUUUUUGCUGGAGGGUGAAGGAACGGUGAGCUGCCUUCAGAGCUGUGCCCACUCGCGGGCUGUGUCCUGUUUCUUUUUCUCUUAAUUCACUUAUUCCUUGACUUUGCUACAACUUUUCUGAAAACCACUCAUUUCUCUUCCAAAACCAAUUGAAUACAAGGUGAUUAAAAAAAACCAAACAAACAAACCACACCAUUAUCAGAUACUUAUUUUUGUUGGGUUUAGUACAGGGUUCCCCUGAGCUGUUGGUUCCUCGGGCCACGUGCCUGUUGCCUCCCUCACGUCCCCUCGGGUCUGUCCCAGCCUAUAGAUCACCACGUUGGUCUAUAAAAAAAAAAAAAAGACGUACAAAAUAAGUAUUUAAUAAGUAUUUCUGAAGGUUUUUAUUCUGGUUUUAGCAUUAAAUACCUGUAUUCUUUUUAACUGCGCACA